UGUCGUCCUCAUUGUGGGUCGACCACACAGCUGUAAUUGCGAGUGGGAGUUUCAUUUCCUAUAAGGCUAUACUAGUAUAGUUAUUUGCUUGUCGAAACGUUCCCUUGCCGGCAAGCCAGCAGUACAUAAAUACCGGUAUACAUGAUUCCCAACGAUUCAGCUUUAACUAUUCGGUCAGUGAGAAGAAGAUCGUUCUGUUGAGUAAUACUGUGAGGAUGUUGUACUAUACCAGACCCAACUCAAACACUUGGUCCCAGUCUGAGUCAGGCUCGGAGGCAGAAGAGUCCCUUUCGUGCGAGCCAAGUUCACGUGUGGGUGAAGAGUAUCAGGCUGAGCUGCCAGCCUUCAGUGGACCUGCACCGGAAGCUGGCUACCGAGAGGAUAUCAACGAAGUUUGUUGUGGUGGUGGCCCUCUCUGGAAACCUGAACUAUGCAGCCUCAGUGAGAAAACUGUGGAAGACUAUAUUACCAAAGCCAGGACAACCUAUUCCUAUUCUGCUGACCAAGCCCUUGGGAUGCUUCACUGGCACAACUUCAAUGUAGAGGCAGCUUUCAGAGAUAUGGCGAAUUUCGUCCCUUUCCCCGAUGAAAUGGCUGCUACAGAGGACCAGCUAGUGUUCGAGGAGGCAUUUGCAAUGCACGGCAAAUGCUUCCGUAGGAUUCACGAGAUCAUGCCAGAAAAGGACAUUGGCUCGCUAAUUCGGUAUUAUUACAACUGGAAGAAGGGACCAUCGGCAGUAAGCACACUGGAACGCCGUGCAAGGCGAGCAAGAUCCAGCCGUGUUCGGUACUGUGAACUAGUGGAAAGUGGAACAGAGAGUGAUGGUAGCUGUAUCAGCAACACCGCAGGAGGUCGUUCUCCAGAUAGACAUGCAGUCAGGGACCAGCAGUCGAGAACAUUUGGCCCGCCGCCCCCACCGCCGACGCGUAAACAGACUCGACUGCCGCGCGGCCUUCACCUCGACGCAGCAACGCUCAUGGAAGUCGCCACUACACCACGUUCAAACACACAUGCCACUGAGCAGCUGAGAUCCGACGUGGCUGAAGUUCGGCGCCACAUCCAGCGCAGCAAGGAAGAACUCCGUCGCCAGGAGGGUCAGCUAUGCUUACCACCGGGUGGCGACGGUGAAGAGCCCCGUCAACAAGACAUCCGCAAAUCCAACCGAUGGUGUGAAGAGGAGGUCGCCAUCGCUCUGGAAGCACUUCGCACGCAUGGUAAGGACUUCAACGCCAUGGCGGCGCUGCUCGAGCACAAGAAUGUCCAGCAGUGCCGCAACUUUUAUAUGAACCACCGGCGUCGGCUGAAUCUUGACAGACUCAUUGCUGAAGCCGGACAGCCUGAUAUGUCCUAUGCACGACCGAAAUCCGUGGAACAGCAGCCGCCUCAGCAUUUACCACCACUCUACACAAGUGAUGUCACUAUGGAUGCCGGAUGCACUGCGGCGGAAUCACUUCAGUGAGUACUGCUGCUUUCUAGUUAGCUCAUGUCCUGGUUCUACUCUUUCUGUUUAUCAGCGUAGUGGUGGCCAGGAUUACUAGACCAUCCUGUGGUUAUGGGAGAGACAAUGUUCUUGUUUCAUUCAUGAUGUCAUAAUACUGAAGUACCUUACUUCGAUGUGUACAACAUAGCAUGAAACAAUAGCUCAUGAACAUGAAUAACAUGAAUAAUAUGACUUAAUUCUUUAGUGAGACCAAUACCAGUGGUCCGUUUACUUGGCUUGAUGCCUUUUUAUUGUCUUGCUUAGUUAGGACAGUGAUCCUAAUGUAGUUGUAUAAGUUUCCAUUAGCUCACCAUGACGUGUGGUGGAGGUCUCCAUGCAUGGAUCUGUUGACUUUGACAGCAGGUAACGUUACACUAGCCAACUAUCCUAUUUUGGUGAUUUCGGUAUAAUACUGUGAGCCCGCAGCUUGGUGUUCAGUUCUUACUGGUUGACCCCAGAGCUCUAGAGUAUGGGGUGCAUACGGCGUCAAUAGCCUAGUAUGGCUCUCACUGAGUUUGUGCUGCAAAUGGUUUGAUGCUGCAGACCUAUGGACUUUCAAAUAUUCAAAUAUUCGACAUGUAGUCAAUAUCAUACUACUCAAGUAUUAAUUUUAUAGAUCCUUGGUUGAAGAAUAAUACAUGUGCAUGUA